AUAAUCGUGAUUAUCAUUUUUGCCAUAAUCGAGCAGCCCUACUGAUAACCGUUGUUGGGUUUAAUUGUUAGCGAUUGAAGUUAGACCGUUUUAUAAUAUGGACUUCAGUCUGCAGCGUAGCUACAGCUGUAGGAUUAAUUUUGUGAACUAAAAAUAGAUUAUUUAACUAAGAAAUGUAAUCACAUUAAUACAUUUUGAACUGAAAUAGGACUAUCAGCCUACAUUCAGUCAAGCGUAAUCCUAAUUAGAGGUUAACUAUAAAGGUCUAGUGUUAUAUUACAAUCAAUGUAAUAAAUAAAUAACUAAAAAAAAGAAGUGCACCCUUUGUCAAUUUUAAGGCUUUAAAUAUCAAGACAUAAUAAAAGACUCAAGAAGUUUAUUGUCAUUUUGUAUGAUGUUACCCAGCCUGAAACGAAAUACGGUUUCUCACCAGCCUCCACAGUGCAAUAAGCAAUACAGUUUAAACAGAAUAAACAGAUUAAAAAUAAUAAGUUUAAAAAGAGCAGUUAAAAGGCAGUAAUGAAUUGCAACAAUAGUUAUGGAUAAUAAUAGCAUAAAAUCAAAGUUCUAAAACAAACUCAAGUGACAUUCGUUCGGAUGGAUAGCAGCAGUCCAUUCACUGAAGGGGAUGGUUAAAUUAGGUAGUGUGAGUAUCUGAGGAGUGUAUUGUAUGUGUGUACGUGUGUGUUUGUGUGCGUGCGUGUGUAGACAGGGACAACACAGUCCGCUUGUGGAUCUUACAGUGUAGCUGUGUGAAUGGCUGUGUGGGUGGGGAGGGGGCACAGUCCAUUUAUCAGAAGGCUUAUCAGGUCUUAAGAUAAAAUAUAAAUACAAUGAGAUGAGUAACACGUGACUUAUUACACUGUCAUUAUUUAUUUUUUAUUAAAAAAAAAAACUAAACCAAGAAUUUUGUGGAAAAACUAAUAACGCCACAUGAUUCAGAAGUCUCUCACAUGAUUGUGGAGGAAUUUUGACUCACCGUUUGCAGUAUUUACAAUAUUCCUUCAGUUCAUUUGAGGGUUGCACAUUUUCAGCUGUGCACAGCUCUUAAGGUCCCACCAGAGGAUUUCAAUCAGGUUUAUGUCUGGACUUUAGCUGUGCCAUUGCAACGCCUUAAUUCAGAGGAGGGGGUCUCUGUCAUCCUGUCAUGCUCUACAAAUUUUGUUAGUCUUGCAAUUAUCUUACAUCACUGCACAUAGCAGAGAACAAUAAACAAUCAAAAUUUAACCUAAAUGUUGCGCUGAAAAAGUAUACCAGCUGCAGCUCCCCUGCUUCCCACAGCCUUGCCUUGAUGCUUUUCUUCAGAAAGUGCCAAACAUCUCCACUGUGGUUUUUAUCUGUCCAAAGGACAUUAAACCAGCAAACCAGAACUUCUGCUUUUAUAGAGGUUUCUCACUUGCUGAUUAUCAGUUUGCAUCUGGCUGCUUCUUACCAUCUUAAUUCUGAUGUAAGUAGUUGGAGUGCACACGAUAAUCUAUUAUAAAAAUACUAAAUUUGUGAUGUUCUUACACAUAAAAAUUAUUUGAUGUGCACACCAAAAAUAAGUUGUAUGCACCUGAUGAUUUACUAUAAUAUUUUUGUAAUAGACAGAUGUCAGCUACACAGCUUGCUUAUUGCUCUUGCUUUAAACGUUAAAACUGAUUUAUCAUAAGCACAAAUCAUCUGCUGCUCAGGCUGUGCAUUGUGUGGAUUAGCACAUCUUUCAUAUGCAGCAAAUGGUGUCUGUACGUGAAAGAAGCCAGGUGUAGUGUUUGUAAAUAUUAAAUAUCUCACAAUAUUUCUAUGACAAAUAACUUUAAAAGCACAUGGACUGUGGGGACUUAAGGGGCUCCGCCUUGGGGACUCUGAUUCACCACUUCUGUAUUCCUAAAGUCCUGGUACAGCCCUGCUCACACGAGCUGCUGCACGUGCGUGUGCGUUCAAAGCGCUCCAGCAGCUUUCCAGCGCGCAGGUGCUGAAAGUAUCAGAGAGGAGCCUCUGACCUGCCACCGCGCACAACUUUAGUUUUUCAGUUUCCAGGUUGGUUUAAAAUGUUGCAACCUCCACAAUAACCGCACCCAGAAGCAGAAGUCCAACAGAUCUCCAAGCAUUUUCCACACUUAGACAAAAGUCUGUGAUGGAAGUGCAUUUUGGACAGGCUCCGCUCACCGUUAUGCACAGUAAGUAGCCUAAUGAUGUUUCCUAGUGAGGGACUUUACCAGCACCGUAGCCCAGACUAAGUUAUAGUGUUACCUCUUUAACUUUAAGUAGUACGCGGCAGUCGCAUAAAUGGGUGGUCCAAAGUAUAGCACAAUUUAACUGAUGUUUCUUCAUCCGCUCCGGUGCUCAGGGCACGGUGGAGUCAAUCAGCUUGGCGGUGUCUUCAUUAACGGCCGCCCGUUACCUCACGUGGUGAGACAGCACAUCGUGGAGCUCGCGCAACAGGGCGUGCGUCCCUGUGAGAUCUCCCGCCGCCUGCGCGUCAGUCACGGCUGCGUCAGCAAAAUACUGGCCAGGUACAAUGAGACAGGAAGCAUCAGACCCGGACUGAUCGGGGGCUCUAAGCCCAAAGUGGCCACUCCCCAAGUUGUGCAAAAGAUCCUCCAACUGAAACACAACAACCCCACCAUGUUCGCCUGGGAGAUCCGAGACAGGCUGCUGCUGGAGCAAGUGUGUGACCAGAACAGUGUGCCCAGCAUCAGCUCCAUCAACAGAAUCAUCAGGAAGAAAGUUCAGUCCGAAUCUUGUGAAGCUGUGUCCUCAGCAUCAUCAGUUGCCAUGGGAACAGCCUGUUCCUCCCCAACCAGCUUUUCCAUCAGUGGGAUUCUGGGAAUCUCAAAAUAUAGCCGCAAGAUACCAGAAGCAGGGGACAUCUCUUGCAGCGUGUACCAAGACCAGCCGUGUUCAUGUUAUGACACCUGGGGACAGCCGGACCCCUGCAUGAUCUCUCUGUCCAGCUUGACCUCUUAUACAAGCCUGCCAGCUAAUCGUAAUCCAGACGUGAUGGGACCUUCGUGUCAGUGCAGCUGAAUAAGGAGCCCUGAGAAGAAAAAAUAUCACCGCUUUAGUGCCACAAACAGGAUGACUGCAGAACUCGUUUAACUGUAAUUCUAUUUAUUACUAUCACCGAGAUAGAAAUCUGGAUCAUAAUCGAAAACAUGUGGAAAUAAAACCAAGAUAACAAGCCUCACCUUUCAUGUUUUAUUCACAUUAUUUGAAGCAAAGAACAGCCUAAUAGAGCUUCAUCAGUCCAACAUAUUAUCCCCCAUCCCUGUCGCCCCUGUGGCCACUUUCUCCUCUGUCAGUGGUAUAGGGUUAGCAUCAUUAGGGGCCUCAUGAUGGAGAGCAGAGACUGCUUUCUCUCCUUUGUGUGCAUCUCCCUGGCCUCCCCUCCAGGAUGAGG